GCUUUUAAUUCAUUAUGAAAUUCCCUGCCAAGGGACGAUCGCAAUGGUGGUCAGACAAGGUCCCGAACCCUAACUGUCCGAAUGGCAGUACGCAAUGCUAACCACUCGGCUAUCGCGACCGUUGAAAAUAAUUAGUUAACGAAUAAAUGGACAUCGCUAGUUAGGUCAUGUUGUCCGAAUGGGUGAGAGCGCUCUAGCUUUUAAAGUAUGCUAUGCAGUAAACGCCGGGAAGGAUCGACCUUUGUAGUUGAGUCAAUAUCAGUGCAUGUUACCAAGCGGAAAAUAAUUGGUUCGAAAGCAAGGCCAGCAUCAAAUAUUGUUUCUAAAUGCGGUCGCCCCUCCGCAGGUAAUGUCAAUUCCUCGCAAGUAUUUUUCCGACAUUAAAGAACUAAUCUCAAUAUUCCUUUUAUGUUUGUUGUACAUAACAACAAAGGAUGGUCAGAAUAAUUAAAGUAGGUAGCAGAAAGAAACAUUGUUUAAAAUUAUAUAAUCUGUUUUCAUUUAAAAAUAAAUAAAAUUUCCUGGAAAAGAGAUUGGUAAGCCUGACGGCUCAUAUUCAAGGACAUUGAGAAAAAUAUCUUUCCCUUGCAGCACAUAACAAUUUAAAUGUGAAGAUCAUUAAAAUGGUAACUACUACAACAAAUAAAUUUAAGGAAGAAUUAACUGAAGACUGUACGCAUAUCUGCAUGGUAGAUCAACACUCGUCUCUAGACACGCGUAGGUAUAAAAGAAAGCGAACUUUCGCUAAGGACAUCAUUUACACGCAAAAGGUGAAAAAGUAUCGAAGCCACACUCAACGCACUCGUCCGAAAUAUUUGAUUGCACCAACAACGAUGGAACCAAAAAUUAAUAAACCCUCUUUGCCCUAUCAGUUAUACCUUCAUCAUGAGGAAAUCCGUAAUCCAAAGUCCAAAGUGCUACGUCGCAUUAAAUCGAAAAUGCAGUUAACAUCUCAAUUGAUUAAUGACAACAUUGAGCGGUUGGAUGAAUUUAGCACGCAGGAUAUGAUGGCAUUGAAACGUCAAAUGCAUUUUAAGGACGAAUUAAAAUUUACGGCCGACUUAAUCAAAGAGAUUAGAGAAGACACGAAACACGAUAAAGUACCGAGUACUUGGUUAUGAGGCGGGAAGGAUAAUAUUUUCAAAGACACGAAGAAUAUACUUGCUCUUAAUGUUAUUAGUUAUACAACACAAUCGUUAUUAUAUUUAUGU